AUGGGCAAGAUCGUCUUCUUUGAAGAGAGGAACUUCGAGGGUCGCUCUUAUGAAACAAGCAGUGACUGUUGUGAUUUGACUUCCGCCAUCAGCUGCUGCAACUCCUGCAGGGUGUUGAGUGGCUGCUUCAUGGUCUAUGAGCUCCCCGACUACAUGGGUCAGCAGAUGAUGGUUCGGCGAGGGGACUACCCUGACAACCCACGACUGGGGGGCUUGAGCAUGAAUGACUGCAUCAGAUCAUGCCGCAUUAUUCCAAUGCAUCAGGGAGUCUUCCGCAUGCGGAUUUUCGAAAGAGAACAUUUCAAAGGGCCGAUGCAUGAGCUCAUGGACGACUGUGAUUCCGUCCAAGAAUGUUUCCUCAUUUCCAACUGCCAGUCCUGCAACGUGACACACGGACACUGGCUCAUGUACGAGAAGUCCAACUACAGGGGUCGCAUGAUUUACGUGAAGCCGGGAGUGUACUCGACCUUCGGUGACAUGGGAUUGGGGCCUAUGAGGAUUGAGUCUAUCAGGCGCAUCAUGGAGUCUUGUUAA